CACUCCUCUAAACUCAAGUUCUUCAAAAGAAGGGAAGGCAGGAUGAAGACCUCUUUGUUACUGUGGGGAGUCCUGGCAGUUUUCUUGGGGGCUGCUCUUGUGGCAGGUUAUGAGGAUGAGGAGGCGAAAGAGCACGUCCUAGUUGAUAACAAGUGUAAAUGUGCAAGGGUGACCUCAAGGUUUGUCCCUUCUAAAGACAACCCCGAGGAAGAAGUCCUGGUGAGAAACAUACGAGUCAUAGUCCCCCUGUUGAGCAGACAGAAUAUCACUGAUCCCACCUCACCAGUGAGAACCACCUUUGUCUACCGGCUGUCUGAGCUCUGCAAAAAAUGUGAUCCCACAGAAGUGGAGGUAGGUGACCAGGUAGUUACUGCUGAGCAGAGCAACAACUGCAGCAUUUCUGAUACCUGCUACACCUAUGACAGGAACAAGUGCUACACCACGACCUUCCCGUUUUUCUACGGCGGGGAGACCAACACCCUCCAAGCAGCCCUGACUCCAGAAUCCUGCUACGCUAAUUAGAUUAAACCACUGCUGUUAGAGUGCCUGGUUAUUCUGUAAUCUGCCCCCACAGACCAAAACACAUUUAUGUUAGCAUGGUAAGAAAGACAGUGUCUGAAAUAUCAGCUCCUCACAGUUAAUGUGUUAGCUACAUGAAAAGUAAUGCCUUCCUUCUAUAGCACACGGUGGUUAUAAAUAUAACGGAAUAGUUAAGCCAAUUAUGCCUGGUGGGAAAAAUCCUAUAUUGUGGGGCAGAUCCUCAGCUGGUAUAAAUCAAUGUAACUGCCUUGAAAUCAUGGGAGCUACACUAACUUACCCCAGUGGGGGAUCUGGCUUGGACAGUUUUCAUUCAGUCCUCCUUCAGACAAGACUUUCAUUACAGUCAGUGGGAGUUUUGCCCUAGUAACAAAGGCAGGAUUUGUUCUUCUCUCUGUACAUAGAAACAGUGAAAUCCAAAUGCCAUGCCAGUGUUUGGAUUCAGAUUUCCACAAUUAUGUUUUCCAAAGCAAUUUCUCCAAUGUCAUGGUCUUUUUGGUUAAUACAAUACCUUUUAGCCCCGAGAGAUAACGCCACCGCACAUAAAAUAUCAGUGUGCAAUUUGAGAUGGCCCCUUGUUUGUGUUCUUUUGGAAACCCCCCACUUAAAUUAUCUAAAGUAAUCCUUUGCACAAACUUUAAGUAACACAAGACCAUAUUGUUACACUUCCACCUGCGAGCAUAAUAGAAAUCAGUGCCAUUAUUGAGAAGGAGGCCAUUCAGGACGGGGCUUUCAAAGAUGCCUAUGGGAUUUGGAAACCCACUUUCUAUUAAUCCCUUAUGUGGCUUUGAAAAUCACAUUCUCAGUGUAUCUCAGCAUAUUUAGAGAAGACUGAAGAUGCUGCUGCUCUUGAGUAUUUUUAAAUGAUGCCAAAAUAUCAUGUGUUACAGGAAUGGUACAUUAUUCUUUCACUAUAUAUUUGAGAUUGAGCUACUGCCCAGUGAUAUUUCACUGCUCUGUGUUUCCAUGCUGACAAUUAUUAAUGCUGUCUCCAAUUCAUCUAACACUGUGGAGAACCACUUAUUUCUUUCAGUUUAAAGAAAUAAAUAAAUGGUCUAGGUCCUGAUUCUGCAUUCAGAGGUGCACCGGCGGCCUUUGGGCUUACACGAUCUGAUUGCAAGAAUGGGGCCUUAGUUAGGGCUUCCUUCCAGUCCUCUACACCAGAUUCCUUUCUCUUGUUUGUAGAAGGAAUUCUCACCUAUCAAAGAGGCUGAUAUUACGUCGCACCAUUCAUCACAUUUGAGUGCGUCAUACCUUGUGUUUUCACUAGGCAGUCAUGUAUGAAAGUCCAUAAACUGUGUGCAGCAUUACCCCUGAGAAGGCUCAUACAUUCCUCCCCAUUAUAAAAAUUGGUUGCACAUCCCUAGACUAUUCUAAGAAACCCUGGCAUAUUUCGUGUUGUAACAAAAUAGAGCAAGAGCUAUGUACCCAUGAUUUCAGCUUUGUUAGCAAGAUUGAAAUAAUUAAAUAGAUUUUUCUGCAACUAUCUGUGUGUGAAUUGUAAAUGGUAUUAAAAGGAAGAAUCUGGUCUCUA